AUGGCGCAGCAGGGGCCUGCGGCUGUUGCUCCGUAUCUGCCAGGGCGAGACGAUGGGCGGCCGUUCCAGCACUCGCACGCUUCGGCUGAGCAUGCGGCGCUGGUGCAGUCGAGAGAGACGGGCGAUGUGCUGCCGGACGACAGUCCUAGAGGGCAGGUCAAGGCCUUGCCGUUUGCGAAGUCUUGGGUGCAUUUCAUGGCCGGAGGAGUUGGCGGCAUGACGGCCGCGGCUGUCACGGCGCCGCUCGAUGUCCUCAAGACGAGGCUACAGUCCGACUUUUACCAGGCGCAGAUCCGCGCAUCCAGAGAGGCGCAGGCGCAAGCUCUGCAGCGACUGAACCCGGUGCGCAGCGCAAUGCACCACCUGUCGGAAACGCUGCAGAUCCUGGGCUCGGUGUACAGGACCGAGGGGCCGCGCGCGCUGUUCAAGGGCCUGGGACCCAACCUGGUGGGCGUCAUUCCCGCCAGGAGCAUCAACUUUUACGUGUACGGCAACGGCAAGAGGCUCAUGGCCGACUACUGGAACAAGGGCGAGGAGGCCCCGUGGGUGCACCUCCUGGCCGGCGUCACGGCGGGCGUGGCGACGAGCACCGCGACGAACCCGAUCUGGAUGGUCAAGACGAGGCUGCAGCUGGACAAGAACGUCUCGGAGCGCAGCGGCGGCGCGACGCAGAGGCUGUAUCGCAACAGCUGGGACUGCGUCAAGCAGGUUGUGCGCGACGAGGGCGUCAGGGGCUUGUACAAGGGCAUGAGCGCGAGCUACCUGGGCGUGGUCGAGUCGACGAUGCAGUGGAUGCUGUACGAGCAGCUCAAGGCCUAUCUCGCCCGCAGAGAGUCUGCGAUCCAGGCCAGCGGCAGACUAAAGAACUGGUGGGACAAGACGGUGGAUGUCCUGGGCAACGGCGGAGCUGCUGGAGGUGCAAAGCUGGUUGCUGCCGUCAUUGCCUAUCCCCACGAGGUUGCGCGAACCCGUCUGCGACAGGCUCCCAUGGGAGACGGCAAGCUCAAGUACACCGGUCUGGUACAGUGCUUCAAGCUCGUCUGGAAGGAGGAGGGCCUCAUGGGCCUCUACGGCGGCUUGACACCUCACCUCAUGCGAACGGUUCCUAGUGCGGCAAUGAUGUUUGCCAUGUACGAGGUCAUCUUGCGCUUCUUCCACACGCCGGCCUAA